CACUCGUUACCCCUCAUUUAUAUUGGAUCUGGGAGCAACAUAGUCGGUAUAUGACUCAGGUUCCUGACUUGAUUUGUUUAUAAUCCAACGAAGCCCACCUCAAGAUUCUACCACGCAAGAUAUCAAAAAUGUCCUCCAUCACAAUCGCAACUCUUCCCCGCAUGAGCCGCGAUGCUCUCUCGGCCCUCCUCCUCUCGGCCACUUCCCCCAGCAAACUGGCCAUCGUAGAUGUCCGUGACUCUGACCACGUCGGCGGCCAUAUUUUCUCUUCCACCUGGGUCCCUAGCUCCACGCUGGACGUGCGCAUGCCCGAACUCGUCCGCACGCUGGAAGACAAGGAGCAGGUGGUGUUUCACUGUGCGCUCAGUCAGCAGCGUGGUCCCUCUGCGGCGCUCCGUUAUGCCCGGGAGAGAGAGCGUGUGCUCGGCGCCGAGGAAAGCCACAAACAGAAGGUUUUUGUCCUGGAAGGAGGCUUCGUGCAGUGGCAGGAGAAGUACGGGAAGGACACCCGGUUGACCCAAGCAUAUGUGGAAGAUAUUUGGCGGGAGUACUAAAGGGUCUGUUUCUUUUCUUUUGCUGGGGAUGACGUGGUGAUUUUUUGCUUAUACCCUUGUGGCUUCGUUGUUUUAGAUUAUAUAGUGGGGACUAGUGGUCAUGAGUUAUUAUAGAGAUCAGAGCGACAUACGGAGACACUCGAUUUAGAACGAG